AUGUUAAGCCGAGUAUGGCGAGGAUGUUUGGAAAAAUAAUCGUAUAUAGGUAGGACUUACUCCUCGAGGUAAGUGCUUUUGUUUACCGUCAUCAUUCACAACUUCUCUGUAUUCAUUCCAACCAUAUUUUUGAUUUCCCUAUACCCUCGUUAUCGCUCAACCAUAACAUCAUAUCUACCUUCAUCAUAAUCACAAUGUCGACACAACAAGGGACUACUGGUUCUACCUCACAGGGAUUCCAAAAAUUCGACCCAACUUUCACUACCAAUGUCAUCAACUCUAUUGGUCCGAAGACCGAUCCCCGAACAAGGCAAUUGAUGGGUUCUCUCAUUCAACACAUCCACGAUUUUGCACGAGAGAAUGAACUUACGAUUGAUGAAUGGAUGGCCGGUGUCAACUUUGUCAACACUAUUGGACAAAUCAGCACUCCCAUCAGAAAUGAAGGUCACCGAGUUUCAGAUGUUCUCGGCCUCGAAUCGUGAGUAUCCCAAAUGUGCUACCAUAAAACCAUGUCUAACAGUGUUUCCAGUGUCGUCGAUGAAAUCGCACAUCAUAUCAUGACCGAAUCUGGCGAGACGCCUACAUCUUCUUCAAUCCUCGGUCCAUUCUGGAGCCCCAACGCCCCAUUCAGACCACUUGGCGGUAGCAUUAUACAGGACCCAGUACCUGAAGGCGGAAGGGCUACUUUGAUGCACGGUACCGUCACCGACUUGAUCACCAAGAGGCCAAUUCCAAAUGUUGUCGUUGACAUCUGGCAAGCAUCUGCCAACGGAAAAUACGAUUUCCAAGACCCUGAAAACCAAACCAAUAACAACUUGAGAGGAAAGUUCAGGACCGAUGAGAAUGGACAAUAUCAUUUCUACUGCUUGCAUCCAACUGCAUACUCACUGCCAACUGAUGGAUCAACUGGUGUUCUCUUGAGGUUGCUUGAUCGUCACCCAAUGAGACCUGCUCACAUUCACUUGAUGGUAUGCCAUUCCACAUUUCACAGUAUAUAUCAAAAGCUAACGCAAGAAUUUACAGAUCUCAAAUGAUAACUACAAGCCAGUGACAACUCAAAUCUACCCCAACACCGACCCAUAUCUCAUCAACGACACCGUUUUUGCUGUAAAACCAGAUCUUGUUGUUGACUUCAAACCACGCCAUGGUGACCCUAAAGCAGAAUUGGAUCUCGAAUAUAACAUUAUCUUGGCCCCCAAGAAUUUAAAGGGUAUGGGUACGUCUUCAACAUCAACCAUCGGAUUAGAACCAAAGCUAUAAACGUCCAUGGUGGGGUGGGGUGUGGGUGACGGAAUGGAUGCAUAAAUGUUGGAUCAUAGACGGAAUGGACAAUGCUGCAUGGGUUUAAUGUGGUGUUUUUGAAUAUAGCCUUGGGUGCUACGGCGUUUUACUCUUCAUGUUUACAUGUACGAAAUGAGAAAUCCUCUUUCAACUUCACAUUUAUUUUGGUUU